GCGACGGGGCGGCCCCGAGAGCUCAGCCCAGGCCCGGAGGGGGAAGCUGAGGGCUCACUGGUGCCAGUCGCCGCCGGCUCGCUCUCCGGUGCCGCGGCGGGUGGCACAGGCUUGCAGCCAAGGGCUGAGUGCCCGGGUCGGGAGGAGGGGGCACCGCCGGCCACCGCCCCGCCCCGAAGAGCGCUCGGCUCCGGCUCCGGGCAGCGGCACCGCCGGAGCGCAGGCAAUGCAGGUCGCCCUGUCUCCUCCUGAUACUGUGCCCAUGCCUGUCUCCUCUCCAUCCUGAACUUUCCUGGGCCCUCCUAAGGGCGUUCGUGGGAGCAGAGUGCAGGGCUCCGUGGUCCCUGCCUCCGCAGGCUGCGGGACAGUAUCCCUGGGGACAUCCGGUUGACUCUACCCGUCCCUCUGCAGCCUCGCGGCGGCAGCCCAUGGAUCCAGGGCUGUUGCGGCCGGCGCCGGUGAGCGAAGUCCUGGUGCUGCACUACAACUACACGGGCAAGCUGCGCGGGGCGCGCUACCAGCCGGGCGCGGGGCUGCGCACCGACGCCGCAGUGUGCCUGGCCGUGUGCGCUUUUAUCGUGCUGGAGAACCUGGCUGUGCUUGUCGUGCUCGCGCGCCAUCCGCGCUUCCACGCGCCCAUGUUCCUGCUGCUGGGCAGCCUCACGCUAUCUGACCUGCUGGCCGGCGCCGCCUACGCCACCAACAUCCUCCUGUCCGGGCCGCUCACGCUGCGACUGUCGCCGGCGCUCUGGUUCGCACGCGAGGGCGGCGUCUUCGUGGCGCUCGCCGCGUCCGUGCUGAGCCUCCUGGCCAUCGCGCUCGAGCGCCACCUCACCAUGGCGCGCCGGGGACCCGCGCCCGCCGCCAGCCGAGGGCGCACGGUGGCGCUGGCGGCCGCCGCCUGGGGAGUGUCCCUGGUACUGGGGCUGCUGCCCGCGCUGGGCUGGAACUGUCUGGGCCGCCUGGAAGCCUGCUCCACCGUGCUGCCGCUCUACGCUAAGGCCUACGUGCUCUUCUGCGUGCUGGCCUUCUUGGGGACCCUGGGCGCCAUCUGUGCGCUCUACGCCCGCAUCUACUGCCAGGUGCGCGCCAACGCGCGGCGCCUGCGCUCAAGACCCGGGGCCACCAGGGCUGGCGCCACCAGCGCGCGUCGCACCCCGCGCUCCCUGGCGCUGCUCCGCACGCUCAGCGUGGUGCUCCUGGCCUUCGUCGCCUGCUGGGGACCCCUGUUCCUGCUGCUCCUGCUCGACGUGGCGUGUCCCGCGAGGGCCUGCCCUGUACUCCUCCAAGCCGACCCCUUCCUGGGGCUGGCCAUGGCCAACUCGCUGCUCAACCCCAUCAUCUACACCCUCACCAACCGCGACCUGCGCCACGCGCUCCUGCGCCUGCUCUGCUGCGGCCGCCGUCCCUGCGGCCCACGCCCUGACGGCUCCCAGCCCUCGGGGAGCAAGGCUGGGGCCUCGGGGGCCCUGAGACGCUGUCUGCCCCCUGGCCUGGACCUCAGCUCCAGCCGCUCCGAGCGCUCUUCGCGCCCGGGCGACGCGGUGGACACCAGUGGCUCCAUAGGCAGCCCUGGUGCAGCUAUGACUGGCCGGACCCUGGUACCCGGCUCCACUGCGGACUGAUGCCCGACAUCCACUGUCGCCCUUCCCAAGAGCUAUUCUAAAGACGUUUUCUUUUUUAAAUAAAGAAUUUAUAGGAAAGACAGCUGAAAAUGAUGGAGAAGGAAAUGACGCAGGGAAAAUGUAAAUCCCGUGACAGGACACAAACAAUCCUUGAGCCAGUCGUGCUAGUGCACGCCUGUACUUCCAGCAUUUGGGAGGCUGAGGCAGGAGAAUGGAUGGAAAGUUUGAGGCAAGCCUGGGCUACGUAGUGAAUUCAAGGCCAGGCUGAGCUAGGGUAUGAGACCCUGUCUCAAACAACAUCAAAAAAUUCCUUGCCUUCAUGGAACUGACGUUCUGGUUCAGGACACAGACACAAAUGCAGUGGUGUAAUAAUGGAGAUGGUUCUGGCGACAACACAGACAUGAGAUGGUGUAGAGGUAGUGACAAUGUGGGCUGAGAUGCCAUGGUCCUGAGGACGCCUGAAGCAAAGCAUCUCGGGAUGAGGACUCAGCAAGUGCAUUUGGCAAGGGCCGGUGGCCACUGCUUGGGGUGUGCAAGGAAGCCAGAAGGCAACAGGGACUGCCCGAGCCCAGAGGAGUCACGAUGGAGACCUCCACUCUCCUUGGACCAGUGAGAGUCUACACAGAGUUUGGAGCCUGAAGACAGAAUGAAUAAUACAGUGUGAGUAUGGGCAGAACAACUUCCAAAUAUGACCGUGGGACACUCACAUCUUAACAAUUUUUUUUUAAAUUUUUUGCACUCCUAAGGAUGGAACCUAGGGCCUUCACACUGAGCAACAUCCCCAGCCCCUUUUUUAUUUCUUAUUUUGAGAUGGAUCUUGAUAAGUUGCUAAGUUGCCCAGGCUGGGCUCAAACAUAGGACCUUCCUGCCUCAGCCUCCUGCAGUGCUGGGAUCUCAGUCAAGCAUGUGCCUUGGGCUGGGCUGGGGUUGUUCUCUAUGGUAGAGCACUUGCUUGCACAGCAUAUAUGAGGCCUUGGGUUCCAAAUUCUUUGACUGUGGUGUAGAAUCCUUCAUUUUAAAAAUACAAAUAAAAUAAUAAGAGCAACUACUAUUUAUUAUACUUGACUAGUUCCCUGCUCUGAGCUAGGUCCAAGAAUUAUUAUUUUUCUCCCUUACUAUAACUUGUUUUGUUUUGAGACAGAAUGAUGUCACUAUAUAGUUCAGUGUGGCCUUAAGUUCACUAUGUGGCCCAGGCUGGCCUGGAACUUUGGGAGAUCCUCCAGCCUCAGGCUCCAGAGUGCUCAAUUUCAGGCGUGGGCCACCACACCCAGCGUAUUGUAACUGGAAAGUAGGGGUCUUCACUUCCAUUUCACAGAUAACUGCACACAGUGGGUCUCUCACCCCAGGGUCUGGGCCCCAGGACCGGCCUAGGCUAUCCCAGACUGGCAGGCAGAAGGAGGCCUUGCAGGGUCUGGCAAGACUAGCCCAACCCUCCCUCCCCCGGGGGUCGCAUUCUUGCCUGGGGGGCGAUACCAGGGUCCCGUUUGUGCCCAUAAAAGGCUACAGGCGCGCUAGUCAGGGCCCUUUGCGGGUCUCCAGACACAUUCCCCGAGCGCCAGGCAUUGGAGCUGGUGGGGCGGGGCGGGGGCGUCUGACUUUGUGCUCAGGCCGCGGCGCGCCACCUUCUGGGAGACAUCGGAACUGCACGCAGCCCUGGAGACUGUUAGGAGCGAGGUCGCUGACCUGGCCUUCGGGCGCAUCUCCGCCCGACACGCUCAGGUUGCCUCUGCAGGCCACGCGCAUGGAAAACCAGCCUCUUUCAGGAACACAAGUGCACCCGAGCCUGGGGUCUCUGGACAGGUCGCUCCCAAGGGUUCCUGUCCCCAAGCUACUGUGAUCUCCAGGGUGAAU